AACCCAAGCAAGCGUGGAUCCAUCAAACCAUUCGUGAGAACACUCGACCCACUCCUUAGCCUGUGAGAGAGAGUCUGCGACAGGAGGAGAGGAGAUGGCAUCACUCACCAUGAUGGCUUCUUUCUUGGGCGGCGUCAGCGUAGCUGAACGGCCCGCAUCGAUCAGCCACCGCCGGAACCUCGUCGUGACCAAGGCGGCCGCCAAGGCCCAAGGCCAAGAGAUGGCAAAGCCGGCCGGCUGCGACGGCCAUGACGACAAGGGAAGCAGUAGGAGGGCUGCGAUGCUUGCGGUCGCAGCUGCUGCAGCAUGUGCUAUAGGGACCAGUCAAGGGAUGGCGAUCGCCGGCGAGGAACCGAAGCGGGGAACACCAGAGGCCAGGAAGCUCUACGCUCCUGUCUGCGUGACCAUGCCGACGGCGAGGAUUUGCAACAAGUGAGGCUCUUCUUCGACCCCUUCUGGUUGAUUGGGUGGGCAUGUAAUAAGGCUCCAUUAAUUGUUGGUAAUAUAUGUGUAUCUUUUAGUCAAAUAUGAGCUGAGACUUCGUGGGACUUCUUGUUCACUUGAGAACGGCUCAGUAUGUUGUCAAAUAUAUGGAACUUUGGUAAUAUUUGCUAGUCGCCUAAUCCAUCAAGGCAUUCAUUGUUGUUCUUGGGAAAAUGUUUCUUUUUUUCCCCCUUUUUCUUCUAUUUAAUAAACUGGAUCUUGAUGAUGGAUAGAUUUGGUCAA